AUGGAAACAUUCGUCCCAUUCUCUACCCUCCCCGCCUGCGCAUCCCAGUGCGGUCCCCUGUUCGAUGCCAACGGAGCCUGCGCACCCUCGGGAGUGACGUCGGCCCCGUCCGCCAUCGCCUCGUGCUUCUGCUCCAACUCGAAAGUCUCACCGUUCAGCACCGGCACCGCCGGUGUAUGUGAUAACGCCUGCACCGCCAACCCGAAUGACUUUGGCAGCAUCCGGAACUGGUUCACCUCUUUCUGCGCGAAUCCCGCCACUGUCACGGGCAUUGGUAGCGGUAAAAAUGCUGCAACCUCGACAGCUACCCCGGGGCAAAACAAUACCAACGGUGAUUGGCUGUCGAGUCAUUGGCAAUGGGUUGUCAUGAUCGUAAUUCUCGUCGUCGGAAUAUCAUGCAUCUGGAUCGGCGCCUGCAUCUGGCGCCGCCGUUACCUACGCAAGAGGGAUCGGCAGUACGCGCUUGGCAAGCGUCUAGGCGCAGCCGGUGUUGGCGCCAACGCCGCCCAGCAGGGCACCACCAACGGGGCAGACGCCAAUAUGUCGUCACGGUCCGUCCACGUCCCCGCUGCCGGCAUGUUCGAUGCCGCACCCAUAUCCUCGGCCGCGCACUACGGCCCCGAAACGGAAAAGGAGAAGCAGGCCAGGAUGAAGAAGAAGUGGAACCCAACCGAGAGGACAUGA